UAGUUGAGAAAUAAAAAGAAAAAGCAAAGAAAAAAAGGUGAUUCUGGCCACGCCAGGCCGACGUGUCUUCCUCCUUCUCUCUCUCUUCCCACUGAAACACUAACAACAACAAUCAGCAAUCAGCAAUCAGCAAUCAGCAAUCAGCAUCAUUAUAGUGCGCCAUCUGCUCAUCAGUCACUCAUUCUUCUCAUUACAUUUUCUUAUCACUCUCUAUUAAGAUUUUGGUGUACUACUCCUAUUUAAAUCUUUUUGUUGAAAAGCUUUUCCAAUUCUCAGAAUUUCUAGGUCUUUCUUGCUGCUUUCCCCUGUUUCCGCCUUUCUCUUUCACCUAUUCUAUGUUUCUAAUGGAAUUUGAUCACAUACAGACUAAGGUUUCUUAUUUUAAUAUGCAAAAGAGAAAACUCCAAUUAGCACAUGAUAGAUGAAGAACAAAUACAAAAGAUAAGCUGGAGUCUGGAGUGAUUGGUGGGGGCUUUGACCUUUAUGGAAUCGAAAGGGGUGUGAAGGUUCUGACUUGCAACUUGGACCCACUUUUGGAAUAUAAUUUUUGAGAGGCAUUUAAAGAUAGCGUGAUGCUCCCUGAUUGUGAAAAUAAUGCACACAUUUCCUGAAGUAGAGAUUGAUUAUACUUGCAUUUCCAAAUAUAUUCUCAUUUGAAUGAUGUGAUGAGAAAAAUGGUGAAUUCUUAGAUACUCUAUAUGGGGUGUGGAAACAAUGUAAAAGUUGAUCUUGGAUAAAAGUGGUAGGAGUAUUUUGUAAAUAAAACUCAAUUUGUAGCCAAGUGGGAUUGAUAAAUUGAGCUAGCUAUUGCAUAUAUGAAUUACCUUAGGCUAUAUAUUCCAUUCAUGUAACUUCUCCUAUACAAGUUUUUAAGUGUUAAGGUGGGUGGUCCCCUUCUUCAUUCAUUACACUAAAUGAGAGUUACUCCAUCAUCAUCAUCGUACUCAGUAUAUCGCACUCAUAAAAGGCUAUGAUCAUUGUUUGAUGAUGACGGCAUGUCGUAACCUUUUCAAAAGAGAUAAGAAGUUUGCGGCUAGUGAGAUCCUCAACUCGAAGAAUACCUGCACUUGGACUUUAUUUUAGUAAUAUUUGGGUGUGUCAAGUUGCUAUUCUGCAAGGGCAUCUACUAGAGAGUCACUAUUCUACAGAUUUUCUUUCUCAACUGAUUCCUACGAGCUACAAUACAGAUCAAGGAUUGUAGUUGUUACGUGAAGUUGUACAAUGUAAGUUGGUGCAGAUCAGGGUGAGUUCAAGGGUGGAAUCCAGGACUCCACCCAUAUCUAUAGAAAUUUGCUGCUAUCCUUGGAAAAAAGUGUUACUCUUUUGUUUGUUGAAUACAAUACAAUGUCUGGGCCAUAUUUUGAUCCUGAGUACGAGAACUUGAGCAUCAGAAUAAAUCCUCCCAGGGUUUCUGUGGAUAAUGCCAGUUGCAGCGAUAGUACCCUAGUAAAGGUUGAUAGCAUGAACAAACCAGGAAUACUGCUGGAAGUCGUGCAAAUCCUAACUGACCUUGAUCUCAUCAUCACCAAAGCUUAUAUUUCUUCUGAUGGUGGAUGGUUUAUGGAUGUAUUCCAUGUUACUGAUCAAAAUGGGAAGAAGGUUACAGACAGCAAGACCACAGAACAUAUAGAAAAGGCUUUGGGACCCAAAGGCCAAGCUGCUGAUUGGAUAAAGAGUUGGCCAGGAAAAAGAGUCGGACUACACCCUGCUGGUGAUCACACUGCAGUGGAGCUGAUAGGCAGAGAUCGUCCAGGACUCUUAUCAGAGAUAUUUGCUGUUCUUGCUGACCUUCACUUCAACAUAUCUGCCGCAGAAGUUUGGACCCAUAAAACACGAAUAGCUUGCGUCCUUUAUGUCAAUGAUGAUACCACCUACCGUGCUGUUGAUGAUCACAGCAGAUUAUCUCUUAUGGAAGAGCAGCUCAAAAAUGUUCUAGGAGGGGAGGAUGAUGAUCAAGUGGCACAUACUAGUUUCUCCAUGGGUUUUACUCAUGUUGAUCGGCGACUUCACCAAAUGAUGUUUGCUGACAGGGAUUAUGAAGGUGUUGGCGCAACAGAAGUGGAGUAUCCUCCUCCUCUCAAACCUAAAAUAUUUGUUGGGCGUUGUGAGGAGAAAGGCUACUCAGUGGUUACAGUAAAGUGCAAAGAUCGUCCAAAACUUAUGUUUGAUAUCGUCUGCACACUUACGGAUAUGCAGUAUGUUGUUUUCCAUGCAACCAUCGGUUCAGACGGCCCAUAUGCAUCACAGGAGUACUAUGUUCGACAUAUGGAUGGCUGCACACUUAACAUGGAAGGGGAGAAGGACAGGGUUAUCAAAUGCCUUGAAGCUGCCAUUCAACGGAGAGUAUGCGAGGGUCUAAGUCUAGAACUUUGUGCAAAGGAUCGAGUUGGAUUACUUUCAGAAGUAACAAGAGUUCUCCGAGAGAAUGGACUGUCGGUAAUGAGAGCGGGCGUAUCCACUGUGGGAGAAAAGGCAAAGAAUGUGUUCUAUGUGCGGGAUUCAUCAGGGAACCCAGUAGAUAUGAAGACCAUUGAAGCACUCCGUAAAGAAAUAGGACGUACGAUGAUGCUGAAUGUAAAGAAAUCCCCCGCCAACGCUAAGGUACCCCAUGAAGCUAGAGGGUGGGCGAAAACCAGCUUCUUCUUCGGGAGUCUGCUCGAGAAGUUCUUACCUUGAGGCUUGAGAAUAAAUGCCAAACAAAUUUACACUGGCAUAUAUGUAAUGUUAUAUGCAACAUUUUGGUGUAUAGACUAAUAAAAUUAUUAUCAGAGAACUGUACUAUUAUUUGUACCAUAUCUUAGGAUGAAACCCAUGAGAACAUGAAGGACAAAUGUGAAAUUGAUUAAUAAAAGUUCUGUUAUGAGAAUACAUUUUUCUUUUGAA